AUGACAACGUCCACAGUUAAACUGCAGGAGAUCUACAACCAGCAGGGCUUCCUCUCAGCCCUGCCUGUGCUGGAUGAGCUUGAGCUGAGGGAGGCCAGACGAGCCUUCUCUGAAUUGGAGGAAGAAUUUAGUAAAGAGUACACCCAGUACAGCCUCCAUAAUGUUCACCUUCAGUAUCCGUGGGUGAGGAAUUUAACCAAACACCCUCAAAUCCUACGAGUGCUCAAAGCCAUCCUGGGCCCAGAUGUGAUCCUGCUGGACUCCCGCUUCAUCUGUAAAUACCCUGCACUCAAACCUGAUGCCCAGGAGAGCGAGAAGGGGGAAACCAAGCCUGAUGGAGAGAAUGAACUCCCAUAUGUGGCCUGGCAUCAGGAUAUGAGGUAUUGGGGUAUUGACGGUGGACCUGUUCUCUCCGUGUGGCUGGCUUUAGAUGACUCACUGAAGGAGAACGGGGCUCUCCAGGUCAUCCCAGGUACUCAUCACUCUGGUAUGCUGCCUCAUUGCCAAGCUGUCCGUGCCGGAAACAUGUUGUCAGUCAACCAGGAGAUCCCUGAGGAGCUGGUGCAGGCUGAUGAAGCUGUGUUGUGCCCUCUGCUGGCCGGCCAGAUGUCUAUUCAUGAUGGACUCCUCAUCCAUGCCAGUGAUCCCAACAUGUCCCAGAAGCGGCGCUGUGGGUUUGUGAUCAGAUAUGUUCCCACGUAUGCAUAUCCCAUACAGGACCCUGAUCGCCCGAGGAAAUUUCAUGCGACAGAGUUGGUGUGUGGAACGGAUCAGUUCAAACAUUUCUCCAACAAAGCUGCAUGAAUUAUUUCUUGAUUCUUUUUCUUCUUCCUGCUUGUUUAAGAUGUUU